GCUGCUGGAUUCAGUCAAGUGAUAAAUUUUUCUUUUCGACAAAAUGUUUGAUGCCAAUCUGUUCUUCACCAGCAAGCCACAGCCGCUUCUGUCCUGGCCACUCCACAUGUUGAGGUUCACUGGCGACGACCAGCCCUGAUUCACCUCGAGCUCGUCGAAUCUCCACAAGGCGUGAAAUGUUCCUUACUUUCAGCCUUGGGUUUUGCGAUUCUUCAGACCAAAGGAUGUCUCCAGUGGAAGUGGCUGGAAAGUGGUGUAAAAGAAGUUCAUCCCCACUUGUUAUCUCGUAAAGUCUCAGUCCAGCGUCGAGUUUCUGUCAUCUAUCACCUCUGCGUCGGAGAAUGUUUCGGAAUGCAUUUAUCGUCUACUUUAUCUUUGGUUUUCAUCCUUCCCUUGAUUUAUGCCUUCCCGUUCCGAACACAACAGAUUGGAAGAGCAGCACAAGAUGUACGACCAGGGAAUUAUAUCCUACGAUACCAUGACUAUGUUAGCGAUGCAGAUGUGCUGAAGCAUGAAGCAAUAAUCCAGGCCAAGCUCGGCAUAGGGUGUACGACGAUCUACAACUUCAACACUUUCAAAGGCUGUCAUCUGGAAACCGAUCCCGCAGGGCUACAAGCUGUCGCAUCUCCACUCAUCCUCUCCUCCGAACCCGACUCCCUCUUCUCCAUCUCCCCCCGCCCAGCACCGCUCCCACCCGUCACCGUCCGCCCAAACUCCAGCAUCUCGACCUCGUCCCAUGACAUGUCGACCGAGACAGGUGCGCCCUGGGGUCUAGGCCGCAUCUCCCAUAAGAAAGCCGGGAAUAGUAGUUAUGUGUUCGAUGCGAGUGCUUGUGCGGGAACGACGAUUUAUGUGAUUGAUACUGGGAUCAGGAUAACACAUGUUGAGUUUGGAGGACGCGCGAGGUACGGGGCGAGUUUUGUGACGGGGGUUGUGCUGCCAGCCGAUGACCAUGGACACGGGACUCACGUUUCUGGCACGGCAGCCGGAUCCUCAGUCGGUGUGUGCCACGGGGCGGAAGUCGUUGCGGUGAAAGUCCUUGAUAGCACGGGAUUUGGGUACAAUACUUGGAUCAUUGCUGGAAUCCAAUGGGCCGUGAAUGUUGCCCUCUCGAGAUCAAACACAACUCGGCAGUCUGUGAUCAGUAUUUCGAUCGGAGGUGGCUACUCACCAACUCUCAAUGCUGCUGUGACGGCUGCUGUUGCAGCAGGACUUCCCGUCUCAGUAGCAGCGGGAAAUAAUGGAGAAGAUAGCUCCCUCUUCUCACCAUCCUCAGCCGUUAACGCGAUGAUCGUCGGCGCAACCGACAUUUCGGACAACAAAGCCUACUUCUCGAAUUAUGACAAGGGAGUCAGUAUCUGGGUUCCCGGAGUCGAUGUGUUAAGUGCGUUCAAUACCUGCGAUCAAUGUUACUUUUGGUAUAGUGGGACUAGUCAGGCAACGCCUCAUGUUGCUGGUUUGGCUGCUUAUCUCAUGACGUUGGAUGAUUUGUCGACACCGAGUAAGAUAUUGAGUAAGAUUCGAAGUUUGGCGACGAAUAGGUUGAUUGUUGGGUCAUUGGGAGGGUCGUCUAAUAAAUUGGCUUAUAAUGGGAAUGGUGCUUAAAAUGGAGCUGGAGCUUCUCUAAUGAUAUUGGUUUUCCUAACGAAUGAGAAAUGUACUCCACGAACAGGUCUCGACAUAACCAAAUGAUAGGCACCACUCAGUACCAGGAAUUUACAA